UAUGGGUCACAGUCUCUCUUAAGGGAAGAAGUGGAUGCAAACCGAUUCUUCAAGGGGUCACAGGCUACGCUCAGCCUGGCGAGGUCUUGGCCAUUAUGGGUCCUUCUGGUUGUGGCAAGUCCACUCUUCUUGAUGCCUUGGCAGGGCGUAAAAGUCCAAGCACAAGGCAACAUGGAAAUGUGCUUGUCAAUGGUGUGAAACAAACUCUAGCAUAUGGGACUUCGGCUUAUGUGACUCAAGAUGAUGUUCUAAUGACAACAUUAACAGUUGAAGAAGCCGUAUACUACUCUGCUCAACUACAACUACCUAAUUCAAUGUCGAGGUUGGAGAAGAAGGAAAGAGCAGAGAUGACUAUAAGAGAAAUGGGUUUGCAAGAUGCCAUGCACACACGUAUAGGGGGCUGGGGAGCUAAAGGGAUUAGUAGUGGGCAAAAGAGGAGAGUGAGCAUUUGCAUUGAGCUCUUGACGCACCCCAAGCUACUCUUCCUAGACGAGCCAACAAGUGGGCUUGACAGUGCAGCAUCUUACCAUGUCAUGAAAAGAAUUGCAAACCUUGCUCAACAAGGUGGAAAGACUGUCAUCACAUCCAUCCAUCAACCUACCUUUGAAGUCUCUGAGCUGUUCCACAAUCUCUGCCUUCUCUCUUAUGGUACAACAAUUUACUUUGGUGCUGCUUCUGCAGCAAAUGAGUUCUUCGCAUUGAAUGGUUUCCCAUGCCCGACCCAGAGGAAUCCGUUUGAUCACUAUCUUAGGAUAAUCAAUAAAGACUUUGAUGAGGACAUCGAACAAGGCCUUGGUGAAAGGAUCCUAACCACCGAUAAGAAGAUUGAUAUUCUUGUACAGUCAUACAAGUCAUCUGGCACUUGUGAACAAGUAGGGAACAAAAUAGCUGAGUUAUCUCAGAAGGAAGGACCAGCAUUGGAGAAGAAAGGUGGCCAAGCUAGCUUCCUUACCCAGUGCUUUGUUCUUACAAGAAGGUCUUUUGUGAACAUGAAUCGUGAUCUAGGCUACUUUUGGUUGCGAUUUGUAGUGUACAACCUUAUGUGUAUAUGCCUGGGCACCAUCUUUUACAACAUUGGCUCCAGCUUUGGCUCAAUUCAGGCCAGAGGUUCGCUGCUAAUGUUUGUAGCUACACUCGUGACAUUUAUGUCCAUCGCUGGAUUCCCUUCUGUUGUUGAGGACAUGAAGAUCUUCGGACGAGAAAGACUAAACGGGCAUUAUGGAGUUGGAGCAUUUGUUGUCAGCAACACACUCUCUUCCAUUCCUUACUCGCUUGUAAACGCUAUUAUUCCUGGAGCUAUAGCUUAUUAUCUUGCUGGCCUUCAACGGGGAUUUGAACACUACCUCUACUUUGCCUUGCUGCUAUUUGUGUGCAUCAUGUUGGUUGAAAGCCUAAUGAUGGUUGUUGCAAGCAUUGUGCCAAAUUUUCUGUUGGGCUUAAUCGUAGGAGCUGGAAUUCAAGGGUUGAUGAUGAUCAAUGAUGGUUUCUUUCGGUUGCCAAAUGAUAUCCCUAAACCUUUGUGGAGAUACCCAGUACACUACAUUGCGUUUCAUAGGUAUGCUAACCAAGGCUUCUACAAGAAUGAGUUUCAAGGUUUAACAUUCCCUAAUAAUCAGGCAGGAGGGCCACCCAGCUUUACUGGAGACGAAAUUUUGAGGGACGUGUGGCAAGUACAGAUGGAUUACUCCAAGUGGGUUGAUCUUGCUAUCUUGUGUGGGAUGAUGGUUCUGUAUCGUCUCAUGUUCUUUCUUAUUGUAAAGGCUGUUGAAAUGGUUAACUCCAUUGUCAUGUCCGUCAUUACUGUUGUCCCUCACAAACAAAAGAUAAAAACCAUGGAAAGCCCUCUUCCUCAUCAUGCAAGUCUGUACUGGUUUUUCACUAUCAAAUUUAUUCGUUUUAUAAUUAUUGAGUAUAAACUUGUUUAAUCUUGAUGAGAAAUCCUU